GCCCUGGGAGUGUGCUUGGGGGUCAAAAAACUUCCCUGUUUCAGCUCCAGCAACAGCACCCACUUAGACCUAGACGCAGCAGCAGCAGCAGGCCAUUGCCCCAUCUCCUCCCCCAUUGCUAUUGGCUGCUUGGUAAACCAGCCCCCCUCUCUCUCUCACCCCCACUUGCUCUCCCAGGUCACUCAAGAUCUCAUCCGCAGGAGCCGACAUGGCAACAGCACACGACAGGGCAGUUUUGCAAAGCAUAUUCCACCCCAAUUCCCCUUUUGGCGACCUCUCUGAUGAGCCGGAGGAGCAGGAGACCCUCAAUGGGGAAGGUGAGUUUGGCUUCUGCGUGAGAUGGGGCAGGGGAGAAGGACUUUCCUGGAGGCAUCGUCUGUCUCUACCUUGAGCUCCCGGAGGCAGCAGAGCAGCUUCAGACUGCCAAGAAGUGGAGGUUCAAGGAUGGUGAGGGGCUACAAAGGGGAAAGCCCCACCUACCCAUCUCUGUGUAAUUGGAGCAGCAGCAAAUCCCUCUGUUUUUCAUUAAGGAGGCCUUUACAAGGCUCUCAUAUCAUGGCCCUGGAAGAGAGGGCCUCUCACUCACCACCAGCAGCAUAGGAGCCAACUCCUCCUAGGGGCCAAGGUCCCUUUGACACCCUCCCCCCAAUAAAAUAUUGAAGGGGUCUGGGGCCCCAAAAGUUGACGGGCAUUGCCAUUCAAAUUGUGUGUGUGCACCAUGUCUUGUGAUCGAUUAUGGUGGCUUGGGGUUUAUACCUGCCCCCCAAAUAUUUUAUUCAAGUUGGCAACCCUGGUCUGCAGUGGGGGGAAGGCUGCUUUCAGAAACUUGCCAGCCUUUUUCUGCAGGCUUCACGUCCGUGGUGGUGCAGCCUGACCUCUGAUCGUCACCUGACCACAAUUCAUUGCACUUUGCCCUGGAGAAGGUGGGUGGGCUUUUCCCCACAGGCUUUCUGUCCCCUUGUCCCUGAGAAAUUUCUGGGCUCUCUUGAGCUGCUGCAUUUUAGCGGUUGUGAUGUAGUCAGCCGUGUAAUUAGCACUGGUUUGGAGGCCAGUGGAAGUUCCAGUGGCUGUAGGAUGGGGGGGGGGUUGCAUACCUAUAUAGUCUAGCUGUCUUCUGUCCCCCCGCCCUUGACCUGGAGCUAUUAACAAAACUGUGCUUCUCCUCAUAAUGAGACAGAAGCAACCUUUGACCCGGCGCUCCUGGAACAAGCCACUCAGCUAGAGAUCCAGGGGAUUGAAGCUGCCGAAGCUGGAGACCUGCAGAAGGCCCUGGAGAGAUUUGACCGGGCCAUUCAGCUGCUCCCUGAGCGAGCCGCAGCCUACAACAACCGGGCCCAGGCCUUCCGCCUCAAGGGCAACACAGCAAGUAAGUGAGCAAGGCAGUGCUGUUCUGUCUCCGCGUUUCUGCAUUGACAGAGGGGCCCUCUGCCUGGGACAGGCACCAUGUCUGCUGUGUAGCCUGAGCCUAGCAAAAGGAGGACUGAGCAAACCCCCUGGACAGGGAACACCACAUCCCUUGUCCUCUUCAAGGGCUUUUCAGAGACCUUCCCAUCAGCUGUUCUCUGGGCUCAAUAUUGGUGCUGCUGCUUGCUUGGGAACCCACCUACCGGGGCAUCUCCCCAUGGCACAGCCAACCCUACAAGGUCCCUGAGAAUCAAAGCUCUGAGCUAAGAACCUGCUACCUAAAGUGGAACCCAAACCACUGGAAACAAUCCCCCAUCUUAAUAAAACAAUUGCUUUCCAUUUCAACUCUGUCCAUGCUGAAGAUGGUGCCACUGUGUGGGCACAGCUGCUGCGACUUCCCCUUCUGCAAUAUCUCUGCUAUGAUUCACAAGGCAGGUUCCAUGGCAUUCCCCUCCAUCAUUUGCAUGUAUUUCUUCUCUCCCCGUCAGGUGCCCUGGAGGACCUGGGUAUGGCACUGCAGCUUAGCAGGGGCAUUGGCCGUGUAGCCUGCCAGGCGUUUGUGCAGCGAGGGCUGAUCCAGCGCUUGCAAGGCCACGAGCAAGAGGCCCAUAGGGACUUUGAGCAAGCGGCCAGACUGGGCAGUGCCUUUGCCCGUCGUCAGCUGGUCCUGAUGAAUCCGUACGCAGCCCUCUGCAAUCAGAUGCUCUCCGAAAUGAUAAAGAAACUGAGGGGCCCAAGCAAAGAGCCCCAGCUGGAGGCUUCCUCCGGGGAGAAAGUGUGUCGCUAGGGACAAACGAGGGCUCAGCCUACAAUUUCUCUCCCAAAGGCAAGCUGGGGGUGCUACUCCCCACCUUUCAAGCUCCAAGGAUAAUAUAAAAACAACGUUCCAUCGGGUUACGGUCCGGAAUAAACUAUGCAAAUUAAGCACCCUGAAAAACCUUUGUAAUAAGCUUUGUUUCUUUCUUAAUAAAGAUCUCUGUGACAACAUUGUAA